UCUUUUUUUCUCUGUUUGUUAUUAUCAUACGCGUCAAUAAUUGAAUGAUUCAUUUCAUUUUGUUUUUGUGUGGAUUAUUGAGUUUGCAAAAACCUCAACUUCGAACUUGACACAAACACAAACAAUUCAAUUAUAAUCAAUCAAUCAAACAAACACAUUCGAAUUACUUUCUGUGCACUUUUAACUUCAAAAUAUCAUUAAUAAAUAAAUAAAAAAAAAAAUAUGGAAGCCGUACCACGAUUACCAAUGUUAUCAUUUGAAAUGAAAAUCAGUCCCGUUUGUCCGGAUUUUGCUAUGCCAUUUAAAAGGUUUAUCAGUAAAUAUUAUGGUGAAGAUGGUGAUAUUUAUGAUCGUGAAAUAUUGGAAUUGGAAAAUUUACGUAAUAAUGCAUGUCGUGCAUCACGUGAUGUAACUGGAUGUUCAAUAUUGAAACGUUAUUAUUGUCAAAUAUCAAGCCUAUUUAAUCGUUUCAGUACAUUUGAUGGCGAUGAAAAUAGUAGUAGUUGUAAUUCAAUUGGCAUACAAUGUGUUUGGGCGGAUAUUUAUUCUGGACAAACCACUAUUGGUGAUUUGGAUUUUGAAUUAGCAUGUAUACUAUAUAAUAUUGGUGCAUUACAUGCUGAACUUGGUGCCGCAACCGAUAGUCGUCAAACACAAGAUGAAAUGAAAAUUGCCUGUACACAUUUUCAAUGUGCCGCAUGGGCAUUUCAACAUUUAAUUGAUGAUAGAAAAUUAUUUCGUACAUCUGAUCUUUGUAAUGAUAUUUUACAAUUUUUCAUCCAAAUAAUGUUGGCACAAGCUCAAGAAUGUAUAUUGGAAAAAUCAAUGCUGGAUAAUCGUAAAGCAUCUACGGUGGCUAAAAUCACCGUCCAAGUGGUCGAUUAUUAUCGUUGUGCAAUGUCAAUGUUACAACAAGGUGCAAUGAAUACAAGUGCAACACAAUCAUCGAUCAUUGAAAUUGUUGGUGGAAAAUUAUUUAAACGAUGGAAAAAAUUUGUUGAAUUUAAAUUAUCAUAUUAUGAUUCCAUUUGUUCAUUGUAUAUGGCCAACGCAUUAGAAGAUCAACAACAAAUGGGUGAACGUAUUGCAUGGUAUGAAUCGGCAUCGGAAAAAAUUCAAUUAGCCACUUUGCUUGCAAAACAAUUGGAUGAUCACCCUGGUGGUGUAUCCAUAAUUAAUGAAGCCAUUGCAUUUGUCAAUGAUGUUAUUAUGGUUAAAUUACAAAAUUCAAAAAAAGAAAAUGAUUUCAUUUAUCAUGCAAAAGUGCCACCAAUUGCUGCAUUACCACAAGUGAAAGGUGUUUCACUUGUCAAAGGAAUUCCAUUCAACGUAUGUGAUCCAGAAGUUUCUGGUCCUGAUAUUUUUGCACGAUUAGUGCCAAUUCAAGCACAUGAAUUGGCAUCCAUUUAUUCGGCGAAAAAAGAUGAAUUAUUACGAAAUAUUCGUAUGAAAAUUGAAGAAAAAAAUCAAGAACUUGUAUCAUUCAUGUCAUCAUUGUUGUUGGACAAAGAACAAUUACGUACACCGAAAGAAGAUGCAAUACCAGAUGAAUUGAUAAAUAUUUGUGCUGAACUUAGCCUGAAUCCAGAAUCGGUGGAAGAAGUGGCAAAAAUAUUGACACAAUUAGAUCAAGUUAGUAAUGAUACUGGAAAAUAUAUUGAAGAAUCUAAUGAAUUAUUGAACGAAGAAAAUGAAAAAGAACAAAAAUAUCAAGAAAAAUUUGGUAAACGUCCAUCGUCGAUGAUUAUAAUGGAAUUAUCAAAAGAAUUAACAAAACAUGAAGAAACACAUAGAAAAGCAAUAGAAUCAAAUAAAUCAUUAUGGGAUAAUUUUGAUCAACAUAAAGAUGAUAUAUUAAUAAUGAUGUCAUCAUCAGCAAUGAAAAUUGCAUCAAUUUUGCCAUCAAAUAAGAAUGUAAAUUAUGAUGAAACAAUUGUUGAUGAAAUGGAACGUUUAUUUGAUAAAAUUGAUGAAAUGAAAAAACAACGUACAAUGUUUGAAGAACAAUUAACUAAACAAGUAAAUGAUGAUAAUAUAAUGAAAUUGGUGUUGGCACAUCCACAAAAUGAGAUGGAAAAAAUUUUCAACAUUGAAAUCCAGAAAUAUGAUAAAAUUAUUGGUUUAUUGGAACAAAAUUUAUCUGCACAGCAGAAUAUAUUGCAAGCAAUGACAAAUUGUAAUGCAAAUUAUGCCGAUACACGUAAAGAAUUGUUGGAAAUUCAAAGAAAUCGUAAAACACGUAUCGCAUCAUUGUUAUAUACAUAUCAAGUGUUUCGUGAGCUGCAAGUAAAUUCCAAUAAAGGUCUGGAAUUUUAUCGUAAAUUUCAAUCUAUUGUAAUACGAUUGAAUGCCAGAAUACGUGGUGUAAUCAAAGUACAGGAUGAAGAACGACAACAACAAUUGUUACAGCGACAGGCGGCUCAACAACCGGCAACAGGUUUACAUAUGAUGACGCCAUCAUUACCACAACCGUCAUCUGCAUAUAAUUCAUCAAAUAAUAAUAUUGGUGCAAAUAGAUUACCAUCCACUGGAAUGGAUUCAAUGAUAUCGGCUGGCAUACCGAUAACUGGUGCAAAAUUAAAAGAUUAUCUUCCAUUUAUGAAAGCAUCGAAUCGUACGAAUUUAAUGCAACAACCACCACCACCAACUGUAUCAUCUACGGUUAUUGGUGGUAAUUCGUCAAUUGUUCCGCCUUCACCAUCACCAUCACCAUUAUCGAGAAUCACAUUUGCACCAUCAGCUCCACCACCAUCAUCAUUAACGCCUACACCACCAACACCAAUACAAUCUGGAACCAAUUUAGUUGCACCAAAUAUGAUAAUGCCUCCUUCUUCCGUUGUUCCUCCUCGUACAGCUACUGGUCAAACAUUUGGUGGUUCAAUAAUUGGUCAACAACAGCAGCAGCAGCAACAACCAAUUGCAUCACAAUACAAUGGCCAUUUAAAUAAUAAUCUUCAAAUAACACCUGGAAAUAACAUGGCUUCAAUUUCUCAAUAUUCAUCAUUACCACAACCACAACAUCAACAACAACAACAACAACUACCACCACCAUCAUAUUCACAAGGUUUUUCUACACAAAUACAUCCAUAUUGUAGUGGUGGUGGUGGUGGUGGAUCAUUACCGGUAAAUUCAUCAAUACCAUCAAAUAUUCAACAGCAGCAGCCACAAUAUCCAAAUGUUAGUGGCUGUGGCAAUAUUGCUGGUGGAUUGGUAAACACUACAUUCAAUCAAAAUCAACCAAUAUCAUCGAUAUUACCGAUUAAUAAUCUUCAUAAAUAUCCGCAACCACCAUCAUCAACAGCGACUUUAUCGAAUCCAUCAAUGAUUCCAUCAUCGUCAGCAACAUAUAAUAAUUAUCAUCAUCAAUAUAAUAAUAAUUCGAAUUCUACUUCAAUUCCAAAUUCUAUUGCUACUUCUGUUCCAAUAGCCGGUUAUAAUAAUACUGGCUAUCCACAAUCAUCAAUAUCGGCUAAUACUACUGCUAAUACUGGUCAAUUAAAUUCAAAUGAAACAAAUUAUGUCAAUUAUCCGAUUAAACCGAUUGCUGGAACAAAUACUGGACAAAUAACUGGACACUAUCCAUCACAACAACAACAACAACAGCUACCAUAUCCAGCAGUACCAUCACCAAUGAUGCCUUCGUAUCCGGGUGCACCGUCGAAUACACUGACAAAUGUUCCACAACAUCAACAGCAGCAGCCAAAUUAUCCUGGCUAUCCACUUGGUGGUUAUCAUGGUAUGCCACAACCUCAACCUCAACCACAACAACAACAACAACAACCACAACCACAACAGCCUGUUAUUACUACAGAUCCAGCAACAAAUAUUACUGCAAUAUUGGAACAAGAAUCAAAACGUGGUUGGCAAGUAUUGACACCAAUACCAGCAGCAGCACCUGUGAUAAAAAACAAUAAUGAUAAUAAUGAUGGAUCAAAAAAUAAUGAUAAAUCAUCUUCUUGUUCAUCAUCAACAACAUCAUCAUCGGAUCGUUUACCUGAUAUUUUAUCAACAAUGUCAUUGAAUGGUAAUGGUGGUAAUAGUGAUCAACAACAACCAUCAUCAACAAUGAUUAAAUCGGAAAUUUCAAUUUUACCAACAACACCACCAUGA